AUGAUGAGUCGUCGAGUAAAUAAAAAUAAAAUGAAUUAUUUAUUAAUAUUGCUUUAUAUAUAUUAAAGUACAAUAUUAUCAUUAUUUACAAUCAUAAUCCCAAUUUUAUUGGCGGAGAAGGGAUAUACAUUUGAAUAAUAAGGUAUGUAUUCAUUGAUCAGCUAUCCAUUUUAUUUUAAGUUUUUAUUUGCACCAAUAAUUGACUUGUAUCAAUUUUAAUUCCUGGGCAAAAGAAAGAGGUAAUAAUUAGAAUUAAUAGAGCAUAGUUAUAUUUUACCAAUAAACUUGGUAUUGUCGGUAAUUCUGUUGUAUCUGUCCAGAAUCGACAUUUUAACAAAUUACCACAUUUUAUGGAUUUUAGGAUUUAUUUUGUGUUUGUUUCUGGGAAUCCAAGAUAUCGCAAUAGAUGGACUUGCAACUGACUUAUGUAAGUAAGAGGGAGAGAGUGCUGCAUUACUUUAGAACAUUGGAUUUACAAUAGGAAAUUCGUUUCUUGGGAAUUUCUUAUUUAUUGCCUUGUAUUCUAAUCAGGUUUGUUCACUGGAGACCUUCUUCAUGUUACUAUCAAUAGUGGGUUUGAUAUUGACUAUAUUCUUGUAUAUAAAUUUGUACGAGAAGGAGGAGCAAGAAAAGAGAGCAACCACUUUUCAAGACUUGUUGCGUGUGUUUAAAUCAUUUUUUAAAAAUGAAAAUAUGAUCACAUAUUCAUUAUUGAUUUUCUUUGAAAGGUAGAGUAUUGAAUGAAUGAUUAGAACUGCAUUGUCCUCCCUAGAUGCAACGUUCCGAUUGAAGUUGGUGUAAUUCAACAUCAACAAAACCUACAUUUCCUUUAUUGACACAAUAAUAUUGCCAUUGAAAAUAGCAACAGGAUUGAUCUAUCACCAAUACUUCUACAAAUACGACUUCAAGUAUCUCAAUACAUAUAGCAAUGUAGAUAUUAUGGGAACAUACAAUAUUUGAGAUUGAUUUCUACGUUCUUUGCGAUUGUCACCCUAUUGUUGAUUGAUAAAUUCGAAUUGGAGGGGCCAUUUAGUUACAUUGCCAUAUUCUUUUCGAACAUGUGUUGGUGGGUUCUGUUCAACAUCACAUACAUCGUUAGAGUAUUGAGUUUACAUUGAAAUUUAAGGGUAACUUCCAAAUGAAAAUAACUACGCCUGGAGUGGAAGCCACAACCCUGACAAUUCUUAAUAGCAUCAGCCAAUUGGGAGUUAAGUUGGCAUUCUCAGUAAACUUGAUAAUGGCCAACUACGUAAAUUACUAUUGGCUGUUGUGUGCUGGAUGGAUCAUCCAUUUACUCUAUUGUUUUAGAUACUCAGAAACCUACAGAAAUUUGUACAUGUAGCCCAUUCAAAAGUGGUAUUUAAAUAAAUAAAUAAAAUAAAUUUGA